AUGAUACCACAGGGAACGGCAGAUAUAUAUGGAUUAGUUAUUAUUGGAAAUAGUGGUGUGGGUAAGAGUUUUUUAGGGAAUAUUAUUCUGGGUAAACAAUAUUUUAAGCAUGAUUUUGCUGCUCGAUCUGUAACACAUCAGACUGAGUCGAUAACCUGUCAAUUGGGUGACAAAUAUUAUAGAAUUUAUAACAUUCCUGGUUUGAUCGAAGGCGACGAAGAACGCAUUGCUCUGAAUCGACGUGAAGUCAGUAGAGCAUUUGAGGAACAGAAAGAACAUUCCCUCGUUGUUAUUUAUGUAUUUGGGCAUCAGAACGGAAGAAUUCGAAACGAAGAUAUUGUUACAUUUCGAGCUAUUUACAAUGCGUAUACAUUCAAUCCAGAUUCAUUAAUAAUUAUCGUUAACGGGCUCCCUCCUGAUCGACCCAGCACAUACGAUACAGACACUCAAGCUACACUUAUUGGUUUACUCGGUAUACAACCAGGUCGCAUUUGUUUCAUCGAUCGCUUGAAAUUAGGUGGACCACAACAAAUAGACGUGCGAACAUAUCUGAUCGAUAUUAUUCUAAACGUUCGUCCUCAAGUACAUACUAAAACUAAUGAUAUAAAUCUGAUGAUUGACACUGUUCCUCAACUUGAAGCUGAACUCAAUAAUUUGCGGAUUGAGAUGGAAAACGAACGACAUGAGCAUGAAGGUGUAAUAGCAAAUAUGGAAAGAGAAUAUGAAGUAACUCAACGUUUAUUAGUUCUACGACGUUUAUUCUGUCAGGCGAAAGCCAAUCUGCGUCGGUUAGAAAGCUUUCGUGAACAACAAGAAUAUUUAAUACAUAUGUUAGGGCAGUGGGAAGCGGAAGAAAUCGCUUAUGCAGAUGAGCCUUCAUCUGACCAUUAUAUUGUAGCAGGAACAAAUAAGCAAGACGCUGAAGAGCAAUUAGCCAAAAACUUGGCUACAGAAGAUCAAAUUGAUGUGGCAUUAAAUGUCGGUCGACGAGAUAUUGAACAAAUUUGUUAUGAACUUGGGCAAAUUUAUGGUGGAAAACUUGAUCGUGAAUAUUACAUUCUUUUUGAUAAUAUGCGUUUUGAUUCAACUAUUAUUGACGUCAAGCACAGUUUUCUCAAUGAUUUAUAUGAGUUUACAUGUUGUCGUUUUGGUGGUAUUGAAUAG